GCCGCUCCGGUUAUGCUCACGGUCGCAGGCUCGGACUCUGGCGGUGGCGCAGGGAUCCAGGCCGACCUCAAGGCCUGCGAGGCGCUCGGCGUGUUUGGCACCACCGCGCUCGUCGCGCUCACCGCCCAAAACACUCUUGGCGUCCAUGCGGUGCACCCGGUGCCGGCCGCCUUCGUGCGCGCGCAGAUCGACGCCGUGCUGGGCGACAUGGGCGCGCACGCGGUCAAGACGGGCAUGCUGCCGAGCGAGGAGGCCAUCGCCACCGCGCUCGACGAGCACGCCGUCGCGAUUCGGGUCAUCGACCCGGUCAUCGUCGCCGCGAGUGGCGACGUGCUUGCUGGGCCCGCCGCAGUCGCCGCGCUCAAGCGACUCCUCCUGCCGACGGCCACCUGGUCCUCCCUCCCCUCCAAGGCGGGGGCCCUGCUCGGCGUCGCGGCCCCCACGUCGGUCGAGGAGAUGCGCGCCGCCGCCGCCGCCCUGCUCGACCUCGGGCCGCAGGCGGUCCUCCUCAAGGGCGGGCGGCUGCCCGCGCCGGAGGCAGAGGCGGCGGAGGGCGGCGCGGCAGAGGCGGCGGAGGGGCGCGCGGCGGUUGGCAUGGUCGACGUCUACGCGGACGCGGAGCACGGCGUGGUGGAGCUGCGCUACCGGCGGGUGGCCACGAACAACACGCACGGCGCCGGUUGCACUCUCGCCGCGGCGGUGGCAGCCGAGCUCGCCAAGCAAGUGCACUCUGGGACGGGGCCGCUGCAGCCGCUCGAGGCGGUGCGGGCGGCGCGGGCCUACGUCGCGGAAGUGUUUGCGGCGUCCGCGGGCGGGAAGGUCGGCACUGGCCUCCGCGGGCCCCUGAACCAC